AUGACGUUACAUCGCUUACAGCGGUGGGCAAUACUGCUUCAGGCAUACGACUACAAGAUUCGCUACAAAAAAUCUUCGGAAAACGCAAAUGCUGACGUUCUUUCCAAACUUCCGGCAGGCGAGGACAAAUAUUUUGACGAGUCCGAAAAGAAAAUGCUAGAUGUCGAUAUAAUAUACAAUACCGCAAUUCAAGAAUGUCCGCUAGGGGCAAAAUGUGUGGCUGACGCUAUGAAAAAUGAUGACGUUCUGCAACAUGUCUCGAAGUACAUUGUAUCUGGUUGGCCAGCGAAUCGCGAAGUACCAGGUAAUAUUAAGCCAUUUAUUAAUCGAAAGCUAUGUUUGUCCUUGCAGAGUGGCAUUAUACUCCUGCAAACAGAUUACACUAGAAUUGUGAUUCCCAAACAACUGCAAUCAAAAGUUCUGACUCUUCUUCAUGAGGGGCAUUGGGGCAAAGAGCGAAUGAAGCAGUUGGCUAGACGCUACGUUUGGUUCCCGGGCAUUGAUAAGCAAAUUGAAAAUGUGCAUGCUACUUGCGCUAUCUGUCAAGCAAGCGCAAAUUUGCCAAAACAAGAAUAUUCACCAUGGCCAGAACCGUCAGGUCCCUGGGAAAGACUUCAUUUGGAUUUUGCGGGUCCCUAUUUCAACCGUAUGUGGUUAAUCGUGGUAGAUGCUUAUUCGAAAUUCCCAUAUACAAUAGAAUUGGCAGCGGCAACAACUAUGACGACAAUCGCUGCUGCAAC